AUGUGUUUCUCUUCCAUCCCAGAAGCCAACAUGCCGUCUGAAUCUAACAUUACUGUUCGAGAUGCCAUCAGGGACACAGACUCCAAUAUGUACCAGCCACUGUCUUACCCGCUGAGCUUUCAAGUUUCCCUCACCGGAUUCCUGAUGCUGGAAAUUGUCCUGGGGCUCGGCAGCAACCUCACCGUAUUAGUACUUUACUGUUUGAAAUCCAAUUUAAUCAACUCGGUCAGUAAUAUUAUUACCAUGAACCUCCACGUUCUCGACGUCAUCAUCUGCAUGGGGUGCAUUCCUCUGACCAUCGUCAUCCUUCUGCUCCCCCUGGAGAACAAUUCUGCGCUGGUCUGCUGCUUCCACGAGGCCUGCGUGUCCUUCGCCAGCGUGUCCACCGCCAUCAACGUCUUCGCCAUCACUCUGGACCGCUACGACAUCUCUGUGAAGCCCGCAAACCGGAUCUUGACGAUGGGAAAACUGGGCAUGUACUAUCACCUGUUGGUGCAAAUCCCCAUCUUCUUUUUCACGGUGGUGGUGAUGCUCAUUACCUACAGCAAAAUACUUCAGGCCCUGAACAUCCGAAUAGGCACACGGUUUUCCACGGGGCCGAAGAAAAAAGUCAAAAAGAAGACCAUUUCCUUGGCUACGCAACAGGAACCCACCGAAGCGUCGCAAGCCAGCGGAGGCAGAAAUGUGGUCUUUGGGGUAAGGACUUCUGUUUCGGUUAUCAUUGCUCUACGGCGGGCGGUCAAGAGACACCGGGAACGCCGCGAAAGGCAGAAAAGAGUCUUCCGCAUGUCGCUGUUAAUCAUAUCAACUUUUGUUCUCUGUUGGACACCGAUCACCGUUUUAAACACGAUCAUUUUAUGUUCGGGCCCAAGUGACCUUUUGGUCAAGUUGAGGCUGUGUUUUCUAGUCAUGGCCUAUGGGACCACCAUCUUCCACCCUCUCCUGUACGCCUUCACCCGACAGAAAUUUCAAAAAGUUUUGAAAAGCAAAAUGAAAAAACGCGUCGUCUCCAUAGUGGAAGCGGACCCAAUUCCCAACAGCGCUGUGAUACACAACUCAUGGAUUGAGCCCAAGAGAAGCAAGGCCAUCACUUUUGAAGACAACGAAGUGAGGCAGAAGUGUUUAGUACCUCAAGUUGUUACGGACUAG